UGCGCCCGGCGGUCUCGGAGCCAGGCGGCGGCUGAGCGGGGAAGCGCCCGCGUCCGGGCAUCGGGAUGUCCCUCCGCCUCCUCCUCCUCUGGCUAGCUUCCUUCUAUAUUGGAACCUUGGGAACUCACACUGAGAUCAAGAGAGUGGCAGAGGAAAAGGUCACUUUGCCUUGUCACCACCAGCUGGGACUCCCAGAAAAAGACACCCUGGAUAUUGAAUGGCUGCUCACUGACAGUGAAGGGAACCAAAAAGUGGUGAUCACUUACUCCAGCCGACAUGUCUACAAUAACCUGACAGAGGAACAGAAAGGCCGAGUGGCCUUUGCUUCCAAUUUCCUGGCAGGAGAUGCUUCCCUGCAGAUUGAGCCUCUGAAGCCCAGUGAUGAGGGCCGGUAUACCUGCAAGGUGAAGAAUUCAGGGCGCUAUGUUUGGAGUCAUGUCACCUUAAAAGUCUUAGUGAGACCAUCAAAGCCCAAGUGUGAGCUGGAAGGAGAGCUGACAGAAGGAAGUGACCUGACCUUGCAGUGUGAGUCAUCCUCUGGCACAAAGCCCAUUAUGUAUUACUGGCAGCGAAUUCCGGAGAAGGAGGGAGAAGACGAGCAUCUGCCCACCAAAUCUAAGAUUGACUAUAACAACCCUGGACGCGUCCUGCUGCAGAAUCUUACCAUGUCCUCGUCUGGACUCUACCAGUGCACCGCAGGCAAUGAGGCAGGGAAGGAGAGCUGUGUGGUGCGAGUGACUGUACAGUAUGUACAAAGCAUAGGCAUGAUUGCAGGAGCAGUGACAGGCAUGGUGGCUGGAGCUGCGCUGAUUUUCCUCUUGGUGUGGCUGCUGAUCCGGAGAAAAGACAAAGAGAGAUAUGAGGAAGAAGAGAGACCCAAUGAAAUUCGAGAAGAUGCCGAAGCCCCAAAAGCCCGCCUUGUGAAACCUAGCUCCUCAUCCUCAGGCUCUCGGAGCUCACGCUCUGGUUCUUCCUCCACUCGAUCCACAGCAAACAGUGCCUCACGCAGCCAACGGACACUGUCAACGGAAGCAGCACCCCAGCCGGGGCUGGCCACCCAUGCGUACAGCAUAGGGGGGCCAGAGGUGAGAGGUUCUGAACCAAAGAAAGUCCACCAUGCCACCCUGACCAAAGCUGAAACUACAUCCAGCAUGAUUCCCAGCCAGAGCAGAGCUUUCCAAACUGUCUGAAUUAGAGAGGACUUGACUUCCAUGCUUUCCUAGGAGUCAGGAUCUUAGGACUCUUCUAGUUAUUGAAGCUCAGUCACCAGCACGCAACCUCCUUGAACCAGAAGAGUGGUCAUUGAAGAAGCUGCAAGCAUUGCAUGGAGCAGAUUGAGACGAAUGCUUUCCUGUGUGACACCAAACAAGAGAAAGGAUAUAAACUAAUUGUCUUCAAAAAGGCAUCUCAUUGUGCCUUUAGACCAGAGUGGGGCGAAGGGGGGUGGGGGUGUCCAAAUUUGUGUAUUUGUUGACCAGGACCUGUGGUGAGAAAGACUGGGGAAAGGGGUAGUGAACACAGUUAAAACUUCUCUCCUGAGAUGUUUUGUAUGAAUACUUCACUUUUCCCUUGGCAAGAAGAAAUGAGGUGUUGUUCACAAAUUUUCUAUGCAUUUCUGCAAGCCUACUGGAUUAUUGUGAUUAUUCAAACAGAACCCACAGCCUUAUAUUACACCUAUCUGCACCAUGUACUGGGCUUACCACUCCCGAAAAACUCCGAAAAAGGCAACAUGUCUCUUUUAUUCUGACCUGACUUCAUUUGCCAUAAGGUUUGGAUAUUAAUUUCCAGAGGAACUGAAACUAUGGGAGAUGAAUGAUUGUCUCCCACUCCAUCUACUUCUAAUCUUUCUAGUUCUAUUAAACUGCAGAAGAACUGAAAAAGGGAGUCCAAAAUGGGUGACAAGGGACCAUGAAAAACUUUCUACCUUAAUGAUGUUCUGAGGGUCACUGACAAAUAUGAAAGAUGUAUACUGGAAUAAUUGUGGAUUUUCCCUCAAAUCAUGUAUCUCUAAGGACUUCCCUACUGGAUAUCUCUGGAGCAAGAAAAUAUGUGCUAUGUGUCAUUUAACAAUGUCCUUAGAAAGAAGUCUUCUAGAGAAAAAGAUCUGUUAAGGAUGAUGAAAGAUCUUGACUUAAAUUCUUUUCUUCUUUCUGAGAAUAUGAAACCUGAAUUUCAAAACUGACUAGACUAGGGAGAGAGAUUGGAUAGUCUCUUAAUAUGUCAAGAAGUGGUAUAAAAAAGUUUAGUAAUGCACCAAAGUUGGAGCUUCCUCCAUUUCUUUUAUUUAAGAAGGAUGUGAACCUGUAACUUUCGAUGACUCUAGGCCUUAAAUUACCAAAAAGAUCAGGGACUCCCAGUGUUUUCUAGUGGUAUUGGUAGUGGAAGUAUGUCAUAUAUUACCUUCUGAAAAAAAGAAAAAAAAAUCAGCAUUUUCUUUACUUUUCAGGAAGUCUAGUUCUGGACUGGAAGGAGUGGGAGUUAACAUUUAGGGGAGAGAUUGUGAGGAAAACUUGUGAGUAGCACAGAAGACUCAGUGUCUGUUAAUUUGUCAGCAUCUUGGAAAGAAUUAGAAGAAAUGAUUUACCAGGUUAGUUAUCUGAAGAGCUGAUUCACAGGAGAAGAAAAAAGUAUUUGAGAAAUAAGGAGCAAGCAGCACCCUCCCAUAGUUUUUACUAACCUGCUAGUCAAAUGCAUCCUAUAGUAAGAAUACUAAACCUGAAAACCCUUCAAGGAUGCAAGUGCAAAGGUCAUAUAUCUUUUGGCAGAGCAAAACAUUUCUUGAUAUUGAAAGGGUAGCAGGCAGAAAAAGUAAUGCAAAAUGUGAGGAUGGAACCUUUGUUUCUAAAAUGGGAAUCAGAUCCUUAAGAGAAAAGGUUGAUUUGGGAUUUUGUCCCAUUUCUCUGGUCUUUCAUUUCUACAGGUAGUUCUUGCAAGAGUGCCCUUACAAGUGCCAACGCAUUUCCUCUUAAAGUCCUUUAAGAAAUAUCAGUUUAUCUUGGGUGAAAGUUUUAACUCCCAACUUGUCUUCCUUCUUAAAAAAAUAAAAGUGGGAAUUAAGAGACAUUAAGGAAGUAAAGGUUAUCUGCUAUUAGUUUAAGGUUUGCAUAUUUGGAAUGCUUCUUAUACUAACACUGCCUCAUGUAAGAUAUAAAACUCCUCCCUUACUCUACUUUUUAUUCUUCUGGUAGUGUGGUAUCUAGGUAACAUAUCACUUCUGCUACAUAAUUCCGAGAAUUUUCAUUCCUGACGUACCUGAGCCAGACAAGUACACUAUGAAGGCUGCAGCUGUACCCUCAGGAGCAAUUUGCUCUUAUCUUUAUAUUCUACCUUUGAACCUAUGAUUUCCUGCCUCACACCUUUGAAAGCAAGAAAUCAGUCCCCUUUGCAUGAAAAGGUUUAGAUUAUUCAAACAUAUUAGUUACUAGAAGACUCUCAGUUGAAUAUCCAGAUUAUUUUGGAAAUCUGUUCACACUGGAUAUGUAACCAAAAAGUCACGGAACAGAUUACUACUUCGGUUCUGAGAAAUUCUAAGGAAUUGAAGUUUCUGAGAGAAAAGGUGCUGAAGCGUUAGCAAAGGUAGUACACUUCUCUUUAGUCAUGAUUUUGGGUUCAGAUAUGACAGGCCUGAGCUGAAGAUAAAGUUUGAGCCAUGACUGAUUGGUUUCAAACCAUACUGCAUUAACUUUCCAAGUCAGAUAAAAUUAAUUCUUUAAUAUGAAACAAGCAAAAAGGAAAACCUAACUAAAUGGUGUAAGAAAAAGUGUUUAUAAGAAGAAAAUAUAGAUGGAAUGAUGUGGGUGUUUAAAAGAAUAACCAUUACAAUAUGUAAACCAAACUGAACAUUUGUAAAAUAAUGAAGUUGAUGCCUUUGUUGUUACACUGUAUAGAAAAAAUUUCAGAAUUGCUGUUGCAAAAGACAUAAUUUUGCUUUAUUUCUGGUGUUAAGCUGUUUAUAUUUUAACUUCUAAGUUGCCUUGUAAUUGGGACUGUAUUUGAUGACAAAACCAAAUAUUUAUUACAACGCAUCUGUAUCAGCAAUCAAAAAAUAAAUAAGUAAAGGUGAUACUGUAGGAGAGGCUGAAGCUCAUACAACCUGCUCUGGAAAUGUUUAUUAGUUUGCUGCCAACUACAGAACUCAGACUGAAUAUGAUCUAUUAUUUAUUGAUUUCAGUCACACAUGUACCAAGUGCUUUUUUCCUCACAAAGCAAGGUGCUAAGUGGUGCUAGAGAUACCAAGCGAUGAUAGAAUUUCUGCCCUUAAGAACUUUAUCAAAAUAAGAAAUAUUUACCAAGAAGUAUUUUAUGCCAAGGUAAAGUGCCAACAGAG